AGGCUUCCCCAGCUCAGGAGUCAGGUCCUCACGCCGCGCACGGGCCAGAGACGACGAGAGCGCGCCCAUCCGGACCCGGACAGAGCUCGCCUGCGCCUGCGCCUCCACCGAUCGGCAAGCGGGAGGGGAGAUGAGGGGUUCGUCGCGGAGGCCGGUCGCCGUGGUGAUGGCCUGGGUGCGGCGCCAGCCGCCCAAGGUCAAGGCCUUCCUCGCCGUCGUCGCGGGGAUGGCUGCGCUCGUCUUCAUCCGCUUCAUCGUCCACGACCACGACAACCUCUUCGUCGCCGCCGAGGCCGCGCACGCGCUCGGGAUCGCCGUGCUCAUCUACAAGCUCACCAAGGAGAAGACCUGCGCCGGAUUGUCACUCAAGUCUCAGGAUUUGACUGCAUUAUUUCUGGCCGUUAGGUUGUAUUGUAGUUUUGUUAUGGAGUAUGACAUCCAUACAAUUCUGGAUACAGCUGCACUUGCAGCUACUCUUUUUGUUAUUUACAUGAUUCGGUUCAAACUGAGGUCAACAUAUAUGCUGGACAAAGACAACUUUGCCUUGUACUAUGUGAUAUUGCCUUGUGCUCUGCUAGCGCUACUUGUUCAUCCUUCAACAUCGCACAACAUAGUGAACAGAAUCUGCUGGGCCUUCUGUGUUUAUUUGGAAGCAGUUUCAGUGCUGCCCCAGUUGCGCCUGAUGCAAAAUACCAAGAUUGUUGAGCCGUUCACAGCUCAUUAUGUGUUUGCACUGGGUGUUGCAAGGUUUCUUAGCUGUGCACAUUGGGUCCUUCAGGUUUUGGAUACCCGAGGCCGUUUGUUGACUGCUCUGGGCUAUGGUUUGUGGCCUUCAAUGGUGCUUCUCUCCGAAAUUGUUCAGACAUUCAUCCUUGCAGAUUUCUGCUACUACUAUGUGAAGAGUGUUUUUGGUGGCCAACUGGUGCUGCGGCUUCCGUCCGGGGUGGUGUGAACACUGCAGCGCGAUAGAAGAAGCAUACCGUCCAUUUCUUCUGUGUUAAAUCACACAAAGCAACAGUCAUGCUCCUAGUGCCCAAACUUUUUCACUCUCUCAAAGUGGAUUAGCAGAGCCCCGUUAAUCUUUUUUACUUGUAAACUGUUUACGUGAAUACUGUACCAACACCGUGGAACGUAGGCCGUCCAUCUGACUUUUUCAUCCAGGCUAGAGUUGAAGCUUGUCGCAUUUCCAG